GUGGGCGGGGCCGGUCGCUGCUCUGGGUGCUGAAGCUGCUGAGGGGAAGCCGGAGCGGCGCUUGAGGGAAAGCUGGGAGUGGAGAGAGUGAUAUCUGAGCGCUGCUGCCCCAUUCCGUGCAUUAUCUGCCCCGUCCCCCCCUCACAUGUCUCCCGUACCCCCCGGACUGCUGAGGCUGAUGGAUUAGCCGGGACCAUGGGAUCCCUGUGCAUCGCUUUCCUGCUUCUCUCCGCUUCUUCUCUCCGUGUCACUGUCAGGGCUGAGAAGCAAUUCGGUUGUUUGUUUGAAGAAGACCUCUGCAAAUCAUUUGAAGUGUGCCUGAACGAUGGAGUGUUUGGGAGAUGCCAGCGGUUACCGGUGAUAGACGUAUUUAAGUAUGAAGUUUCACCUGCCGUUGUCCAGCGUCUCCAGGCAAUACUACAGAAACUCUCCCAUAAAGGUUUAACUUGGAAGGAUGAUUUCACUCAACAGAUCAUUGCCAAGGAAUUAUCAAAUAUCCGCAAAAUCUACAGCCGACAACCGGAUGCUCUUUCCUCGGAUGGUUCCAGCACAUCAAGAGCUUCACAGAUAAAUGCUGAAAGUGACAGAGAUCACGAAUCGGAGAAGAAUGCCAAUUUUGCCAAAUCGUUUCACCGAUACCUCCAGUAUCUUGGAAUUCUUCCACAACCAGCGUUGCCAAGUUUUUAUCCCAGAACCAAGACAGAAAAGCCACUGAUAAAGACUGAUAACAUCAAAUCUGAUCGGUUUAUUGACCGCAUAUUCCAGAAAUCCAAAGGGAAAUUGCCCAUGCUUUCAUACCCCCCCGAGAACCUUCCUUCGAAUACGUUGACCCAACCCGUACCAGGCAAAUUUCCUAAAAAGCUGGACCAAGAGAAGAAAUCUCUCCUUAUAGCGCUUAAAGCUUACCUUGCACAAAAGACAAUGGAGCACAAUUCCGAUAAAACCAACCCUAAUGGAAGAGCAAAAUUUUACUCUUCUACCCCUAACAGAUACCUCUCCUUACCCCAGAUGAAACUGCUAGAUGGAGUGCUCCCUAAAGAUGAUAAAGGGGAUGGUUUUAAAAUAAAGUCUUUCCUUCAGAGACCAAAAGCUGGAGUACUUUCAAAGCCAAGUCUCGGAGCACUGAUCUAUAAAUCCAGUUCUCGUCUUGAAGACCCCAAGGACCCUCUGAGUGCAGUGGAUGAAACUUUCAUCCAGAACGUGGUGAAGGAGUUAGGAAAGCACAAACUGAACGUUGAUAACCUCAGCCCCAAAGAGCUGGAUGAACUGGCUGAUGUCAUUGCUGACACUCUCCAGUUUGUGGAUAUGGAGCAGCCCAGCAGCAAAAAGAUAGAAGGAGAGAGAGAGGAACAUGACAUAAACCCAACAGAACCACAGGGAUCUCAAGAAAAUACAGAUGGGGAAAUCGACAAUAUGUUUCAAGAUCAAGAGACAAAAGAAAAAGAUUCCCAGUAUGAAAUGAAGGUUAAAGAAACAGGCUCAAAGGAUGGUUAUCUCCCUGGUUUUACUGGAAACCCACCUGAAAAAGAGUUUAUGUCUGAAGAACCUAUCAGCUCUGAAUUAAGGAGGUUUGGAGAUAUCAACUACAACUCUGAUGAGGACGAGGAAGAAAAAUAUGGGAUAGAAAAUGUAAAGAGUGAGACCUAUACAAGGGAACUAAAUGCUCAGAAGAAAUCUGCCGAAGACAUUGACUCCCGGGAGUUUAUUGAGGGGCAGCACUGGGUUGAAGAAAGCCUCGCGCAGGAGGAGAAAUCGUAUUUUGAGGAACCAAAGAAAGUGUAUGUAGAAGGGUUACAGUUACAAGUGAAAUCUUCCAGCAGUGACAGAUACGGCUACAUUGUAACCCAAAAGAGCCCUCUGACAGUGGAGAAAGGCUUGGAAUUACUAAAUGAGGUGGCCUUGAUCCUCAAACAUCAAAUGAACGUCUUCAGUGAUGUCAGUGUCUCCGGGUCGGCUGUAAUGUUCCAAGUGAGCUCACAUGUUCGGAACCUAACAGCAGAAGAUGUGGCGCACGCGGCAGCUGCCAAUAAAGAUGCGCUUGAGAAAUCCACUGGCUUGAAAAUCCUGCAGACCGGAGUUGGGGAGAAAAGCAAGUUGAAAUUUUUGCCUCAUCAUUUAGAAGAAGAAGACACUACUAAAUUUAUUAUCCUAACUUUGAUCUCCAUCGCCUGCAUCAUCGGAGUCCUUACUGGUUCUGGGGUCAUCUACUGCCUGCGCCACCAAUCUCACCACAAGCUCAAGGAGAAGUUAUCCUCAUUGGGAACUGACGCCAACACUGAUGCCACCCACACAUACCAGGAGCUUUGCCGGCAACGCAUGGCUGUCAAGUCUUCUGAUCGGCCAGAGGCCCAGCACAGUUCUCGCAUCAAUAGCAUCUCUUCACAGUUCAGUGAUGGGCCAAUGCCAAGUCCUACGGCACGGAGCAGCACUUCAUCUUGGUGUGAGGAGCCAGUCCAAUCAAAUAUGGACAUCUCCACCGGUCACAUGAUACUGUCUUACAUGGAAGAUCACUUGAAGAACAAGAAUCGCCUGGAGAAAGAGUGGGAAGCUCUGUGUGCUUAUCAAGCUGAGCCCAAUGCAACAAACAUUGCUCACAAGGAAGAGAGCAUGUCAAAGAAUCGCUCUUUGGCCAUUGUACCAUAUGACCACAGCAGAAUUAUACUGAAGACUGAGAACAGCCAUGAUAAUUCAGAUUAUAUCAAUGCCAGUCCAAUUAUGGAUCACGACCCCAGAAACCCCGCCUACAUUGCAACUCAAGGACCUCUUCCUGCAACUGUUGCCGAUUUCUGGCAGAUGGUCUGGGAGAACGGCUGUGUGGUAAUUGUCAUGCUGACAUCCCUGACGGAGAAUGGAGUGAAGCAGUGCUAUCACUACUGGCCAGACGAAGGGUCCAACCUCUACCACAUCUAUGAGGUAAAUCUGGUCUCUGAGCAUAUCUGGUGUGAGGAUUUUCUCGUGAGGAGUUUCUACUUGAAAAAUUUGCAGACCAAUGAGACGCGUACAGUCACCCAGUUUAAUUUCCUCAACUGGAAUGACCAGGGAGUGCCGGCGUCAACAAGGUCCCUUCUAGAUUUCCGCAGGAAAGUUAACAAGUGCUACAAGGGGCGCUCCUGUCCUGUAAUAGUACACUGCAGCGAUGGCGCCGGGAGAAGUGGAACUUACAUUCUGAUUGACAUGGUACUCAAUAAGAUGGCGAAAGGUGCUAAGGAGAUUGAUAUCGCUGCUACCCUGGAGCACUUGAGAGACCAGAGGCCCGGCAUGGUCCAGACAAAGGAGCAGUUUGAAUUUGCGCUGACGGCAGUUGCGGAGGAAGUGAACGCAAUCCUGAAGGCCCUGCCACAAUGAGCAGUUCACCUCAGCAAGAAUCCCAGUGGAUUUUUUUUCUCACCCCCCUCUACCUGUCAGUCUCUGUAAAUGUUGUUGGAAUUGUGAUCUGGUGUGUACCAUGUACUGUAUUCGCAUAGAUGAUUGGGCCCGAAAUGCGGCGCUGUGAAGGGGCAAAAAAAAAAUAAUUAUAUAUAUAUUCUGUUGAAGAGUUAUUAAUUAAAUAAUUUCAAAUGUAAUGCUAACAAUUCAUAAUAUUACCAACCGGUUUUGGUUUGGAACAGUUACUGCUGAGCUGCUGGCCCACGGCUACGACUGCUAUUUGAAGGGAUAAUAUACUAGUAAUGAAUUUAGGAAAUGACCCAGUAUCUCCCAAGGCUUCUCCUCCAUCAUUAAAUAAGGGUAUUACCCUGCCGUAGGAAGAGUUUGGUGUAAAGUUAUAGCUCGCUUGCCUUUUUUCCAUUUCAGCUGAUGAUGAAGGAAUGUAGGACUAAUAAUGGCUGUUAGGCUGCAGGCUGGACAUUCCAAAAAAUGCAUUCCAACAAUACAAUGUGGCUCAUUUAUCAUCACUAAUCACAUUUCCCCAAUGGCAGUAACCCGUGGCAACCAAUAACAGUUCUGCCUUCAUUAUUCUACAUGAAGCUGUUUGAGAAAUGCUAACCGCUAAUUGGUUACUAGGGGUUAUUGACCAGGUCCAAAUUCUACCGGUGUUGGUAAAUGAGCCUGACUUUUUUACCAGCAAUGGGGAAAAAUGGCAACAAAGAAGGCUAAUGUCAGCAUUGAAGCAUCAUUUUUGAGAUAGAAUGUUUGCCAUUGAUGUAUCCCACCAAACACUGUGCAAGCGAUAGAGGAGCUUUCAACCAUUUUCUUGCUCUUGGCCAAUGAAUGUGUUAUUUGAAAACAUUCUAAUUGUCUGAUUGGCUACUGGUUGAUCUGGUCAUGUGUACAUUUUGCACUCUGAUUGACUGUAGGGUGAUCUAUCCCCAUGAACAUUUAAUGCUUUGACUAGCUACAGGUUGGUCUAUCCCUAUAUUCUAUAAUUGACUAUAGGGGGAUCGUACUUGAAAAAAAGUCUAAUGCUGUGCCUAUCCAUAGGUUGGUCUUGUCCAAUACACAGUCUCUGAUUGGCUGUAGGGGGAUCUAGUCUAAAGAACGUUCUAUCGUUGGGAUUAGCCAUGUACAUAUUAUACUCUGAUUGGCUAUAGGGUGAUAAUUUCCCCAUGAACAUUGUAAUGUUCUAAAUAGUUACAGGUUGUUCUAUCCCCAUGAACGUUCUACUGCUCUAAAUGGCUAUGGGGGAGGAACAGUCUAAUGUUGUGACUAGCCAUAGGUUGGUCUAGCCCAAUGAAAUUUCUUUGAUUAGCAGGGGAGCUAAGCUCAAUAAUUGGCUACGGGGUUACAGGCUACAGGGUGGUCUAGCCAUAUAUACAUUUUCUUCAUACACCCUAUGAACAUUAUAGUGCUUUAACUAGCUUUAUAGGUUGGUUUAGCCCUAAGGCCAUUCUAAAGCUCCCUGUGAACCCUACAAAUGGACGCCAUAGUUGGUCAGGCUUUUAAUGAGCUACAGUAUAUACAGUACAGGGGGCUUUUGUGCCAUCGGUAUACUUAAUGUGUGCAUUUUUAACUUUGUUCUAUAAAGUGAACACACAAUGAAUGGAAGUCAAGUCGAUGGUGAUUGGUUAGCAACCACUUGCACCGGGAAUUAGACAAACCUGACCCUAAAUGGUAGAAUCUUGCAGCUCAAAUGUGGAUUAUUGCUGAAGUACCGAGAGCAGCCCCAUCCGGCUCCUGUUUGCUCUUGCUAUCAUGAUAUUUGCCAAGCUUAAGUAAUUACCUUCUCAUCUCCAUCUUUUAAUCUCAUUCUGAAAUAUAUCCGUCUGCUUUUUACCUUUACCCCCGGUGCAGCUUGUCAUAUACUGACUCCGAGCUACAGAAUUCCCCCUAAUGGGAAAAGUACUCACCUACGUGAAACGCAAUCUUGUUGGUAUUGUGAAUUAUAUAUUGUCCUAAUAUAUGUACUCACUAGCCCCGCCCCCAACCCCGCCCCUUCGUAUAUAGAAGUGAUUUUAGGGACCGUUCCCUGUUGUUUGUGCUAUAUUACACAGCCAGAGACAUGAAUGUAAUUGCUCACCUACCUAUUUAUAUAUUUCCAAUGAGGGCGAUAGCAAUAUAAACUGUAUAUGGGGAGUUCGGGGUUAUUUCGAGGAUUUCUGGUUGAAACGAUGCUCUUUUCGAUGGUCGAUCGGCCAUUAUAAAUAAAUCAUGAAUUUUUUUAGACCUUUGUACUUUCAGAUGCUUCGACAGCGUAAUCGGUUUAGAAAGCGAUUUCUUUGUAAUUUAGAGUGUUUAUAGUUUUCAUGAUUUUUGCUUUUUACAGUUUUUAGAAUGGAUGUUGCCAUUAACCUAUUAGGAAAGACUCUUCAGUGCUGUUAAUGGAGUCCUAAAUGAAUUUGUCUUUGGAAACAGAAAUAUAAUAUUGUCAGAUUACGAAUACAAGGUACAUUAAUACAAGGUACAUUAAUACAAGGUACAUUAAUACAAGGUACAUUAAUACAAGGUACAUUAAGGGACACUAAUAUAAAGACACGUGACAGCUUCCAUCCCAUACAUUAUAUAGUAGGUGCUAUGGGGUAAGAAAAUGGUUUAGGGGCAUCUCACCGUUCCUUAUGAUUUAGGACUAUGGCAAGUGUCCUUCUACAACCUUAACCCCCAUAUGUAAUAAAAGGCACUACGUUUGCCCAGGAGCAGUAACCCAUAGCAACCAAUAAGGUGUUUUGUUUUUUUAAACAGGUGACCAGUAAAUGCUACCUGCUAAUCGGUUGCUAUGCGUUACUGCUCCUGGGCAAAUGUAGUGCCUUUUAUUACAUAUCCCCAUAAGUCUUUGGCCCCUGUGGCCCCCAUUGCAUUUCCGCUCCCAACUACAUAUUUAUUGAGAAUCCAGACCUUUAUAUAGUACAGUAUUGCCUCCUGAGCUGGAGUAGAAAUUUAAAGGGGCAGUUGACCUUUUUUUUUUUUUAAUCAUGGCACUAGUAUUCUAAGAAAUGUGUAUAUUGUAUUAUUUGUGAAUUAUGACUAAUUUUGUUGCAUUCCUAUUGCUACACAUGGAACAGAGGGGGUACGGAUUGGCCUAUCCUGUGCUGGUUCUUUUACAGGGGCAGAGAAAACAUCAUGUGUGCCAUAGGGCCUAUGCAGCCAUAGUUUUUUAAAAAAUAUUUGCCUCUGUUCUGCCCCAAUAGCCAAGGUCGGACUGGGGGGUGCACCCCAGGGGCCCCAUCACCCCCCAAGCAGCCCCUACAACAUCCCCCGCAUCCCCCACAGGGGUCCUUGCCUUGCCCCCCUAACCCCCCAAGGAGCCCCUACCACACCCCCCACACCCCCCACAGGGGUCUUGCCUCACCCCCAUAACCACACCCCCCCGGCAGGGGCCCCCACCACAUGCCCAACCCCCUCUCCUGGGCGUGCCUAAGUUAAACUUGCUUUUAUUUCGUCAAGGGAAGGAAGACCAGCGGCCUAGGGGAGAGAAGGUCUUGGCCGGCGGGGCCCACCGGGUUUUUUCCGGCCCAGUCCGACCCUACCAAUAGCUCAAACUAUGUAGCUAAUAGGCUAAGUUGCCCCUGACAAUUUUUUUUACAAUACCAUUGCUACAACAUAAUAGAACAAAAUAGUAUAAUAUAGAUUAUACUAAGAAAAUACUUUUAUAUAUAUAAUAUAUAUGUAAUACUGUAUAAUGUAAAGCUCAGCAUUCCUAAUAGAUAUGUAGCAGGGAGUGGAACGGCAAUGGGGACCAUAAGGGUAAAAUUCUUAGGGGUAUAUUUAUCAUGCUGUGUAAAACGUGGGGUAAAACAUCACUUUGAUGUUGCUCAUAGCAGCCAAUCAGAUGCUUUGGUUUUCUAACUGUUGAAAUCUAAUUGCUGAUUGGUUGCCCUGGGCAACAUCACCAGUGAUGCUCUACUCCACUUUUUACACAGAAUGAUAAAUAUACCCCGUAAUGUAUAUCUGACACAAAAGGAGAGAAACAUAUAGGGUAAAUGUGUCGCCCAAGCAUAUAUUUUGGACUUGGACUUGGAUAUAAGCAAUAUAAAGCAAAAAAGUUCCGCCACCUUAUUGAGAAAAAAACAAACCAUCACUCAGUGUAGUAUAAUAAUACAAUAUCAAUACAUUUUUUUUAGAAUAUCAUUGUCUAUAUCAUAUUAAAAGAUAUUUUCAAAAUCAACUGCACCGUUAUCUUUCUGCUACAAACCCACAGGCAAUACUGUAUUAUAGAAAGGUCGGGGUUCUUGAUAACUAUUAAGCAGGGUGUGGAACUGUAAUAGGGCACUUAAGGGUGAAGAACUUAUUGUAUAUCUAACACAGAAGGAGGGAUACAUGUUGGUUAUUGAGUAAAUCCACGCAUCACGCAUUUCGUGCUUGGACCCUAGUUACGCCCAUGGAUGUAGGAAAUAUGAAGCAAAAAAUGUUUUCCCGUAUUUUUUAAACAAAAAUCACACAAUAUAGCACAAUACAAAAUAAGGACUAUUUUCUUACGAUACCAUUAUCUGCAUCAUAGCUUCCAAAAUCAGCUGCCCAUUUAACUCCACUCCAAAUCAGAAGGCUGUGCUGCACUAUAUAAAGGCCCGGCUUCUCCCUAAAUACGUAGCGGGAAGUGGAACGGCAAUGGGGACCUCAGGGGUGAAGUACUUAGGGGCAUAUUUAUUAAAGUGUGUCAGCCAACAUCACCGGUGAUGCUGCCCAUAGCAACCAAUCAGAUCUUUGCUUUUGUUUUCUACCUUGUAGGUGCCCAUUGAAAUCUAACUGCUGAUUGGUUGCUAUGGGCAACAUCACCAAUGAUGUUGACUUACACCAGCGAUCCCCAACCAGUUGUUCGUGUUUAUUUUUGAAUUUCUGCCUUGGAGACAAGUUUUGGUUGCAUAAAAACCCAGUGUAAAGCCAAACAGAAACUUCUAUAGGCUGCCAGUAGUGAUUAGCGAAUCUGCCCCUUUUAGCUUCGCUGAAAAAUUCCCAUAUCUAUCGAAAGAUUAGCGAAAAAUGGUUGGCAUUGAAAAUAUUUUUUUAGCUGUUCCGCUAAUUUUUCACCAUUUCGUGACUUUUUCGGCAAAACAAAAUAGGACAGAUUCAAUCAUCACUACUUGUGAAAAGAUUAGCGAAACGGCUAAAAAUUUGCAAAACAGCGGAAAUAGUGCACAAAAUGUCGCGCGUGUUUUUUUGGAUGCACGUGACAACUUUUUGACACGCGUGUUAUAUUUUUACGCGUACGACAAUUUUUUUUGCCCCAUGCAACCAUUUUUUGUCCCGUGGCGAAUUUUCCCGCAAUUAAUUUUGUCGUCCGUUUCACAAAACAAUCCGUCGAUGGCCAAAUGCGGAGAUUUGCUACAAAUCCAUGCCUGGCAAAUGAUUUCGCCCAUCACUAGCUGCCAGUCCACACAGGGGCUAUUAAAUUGGCAAAUCUUAUUUGCACCCCCAGGAACUAUUUCCAUGCUUGUGUUGCUCCCCAACACUUUUUCCAUUUGAUAUAAAAGCUUGGGGAUCCCUGCCCUACACACUAUAAUAAAUAUACCCCUUCAUGUAUAUAAAUUUCAUGUAUCCCCCAGACACAUUUGGUACUUGGACCCCAGUUUUGCCCCUGGAUCUACAGAAUAUAAAGAAAGAGUUCUCUCAUCUUGUUGAAGCAAAACCCAUAAUCCAAUAUAUCAUAUCUUCCAUUCCUUCCGGCACUAUCUUUUAUAAUGUGUUCUUCAGGUAAAACGGAGUUUCUAUUUUGCAUUCGUGUCCCUUUACGAUUUCUUUUCCUUUUUUUAUAAUGGAUAAUAAACACAAUACUUCGUGUUACACCAGCAGAUCUUACUCCAAGUGGUACUCGCGCAUGCUCUGUGUAUCAGCCGCGGAUCGGCGGCGUCAGAGACCUCCGUAUGUGACCCGUUCUCUUGUUUCCUAUCCGUACAGACGAGGAAUUUUAGAAUCUUUCUAUGUAUAUAACUGAUUAAACACACACAAAAAAAAAAUGAAAUAUAAAGUAUUUUGUUCUACCUCUGUAAAAACUUCAUUUGUGAAUAAAGUCACAUUGUCUGUGGAGUAUUGUGAAUACUGCAACA